GUCACAGAGCGUGGCCGGAUCCCGACGCGCGCUCGAUUCUCCUCCUCCCGUCCAACGUUCAUCGUUCGCCCACCCCCCCAGUGAUACUUAGAAUACCAGACUCAACGGCUACUCAACAGCAAGCCAAGUCCCAGCUCGAUCUUCCCGCGACACCACGCCCAGCCGGGCCUGCUCGACCUCCUCCGCUCCCCGCGCAUCUGAACCGUCGCAAUCAUGUUCUACUCCGACGUGCUCUUGUCCAAGACGGGCCCGCUGGCGCGUGUGUGGCUCGCAUCCACCAUGGAGAGAAAGCUGUCCAAGCGGGACUGUUUGCAGUCCAAUCUCGAGGACAGCGUUGACAUGUUGGUCGACGAGUCUGGCGCGCCAAUGGCGCUCCGCUUGAGCGGUCAGCUACUGCUCGGGGUCGUGAAGAUCUACAAGAGAAAGGCAGGGUAUCUGCUCGACGAUUGCAACGAAGCUCUGCUUAAGAUCAAGCUGGCUUUCCGUCCAGGCAACGUCGACCUUCCGGCGGACCAAUCGCACAUUGUCAGUGCCGAAGCAUUGAACUUGCCGGAUCGAAUUACGGCUGUGGACCUCUUCGCCAACCUUGCCGACCCAGAUCUGCUGCUGUCGCAGCCCGUGCGCCGGAAAGGCGACGUAGAUGAUCCGGCUGUUCUCGACUGGGGCACCCAAUCGCUAAUCACAGAAAGCCUGGAUUUGCCGGCGACCAAGUCGGCUCCGCGUCUGCUGCAGGACGACGACCUGGAACUCGAUUUGGGACUCGGCGACGACGAUCUCACUCUGGAAGUGGGCCGUCGCGAAGCCACACCAUUGAACAACUCCAGAGACGAGCCGACCCUUCUAAGAGACGAUGACCUCGAACUCGACCUUGGUAACGACUUCCAGGGGGGCGACACGUCUGCACUACCGCGACUUGACGACAACGAUAUCCCAAUGGAUGAUCUUGCGCUCGACACAACAAUCGACAUGAAGGAUUUGCCUGCUCCCGCACCUGAACGCCAGCGCAACACGCUGUCUCCGCUUUCAAACCCGGACCCCGAUUUGGAGCAGUCCUUCCGGCCCAAUGAGACCGACCUGUACGACCAGACGGAUGAGCUGGCCGUGGCCAACCAACGCGUUAAGCGCAGGAAGAUCAUUCAGAUGGACACACAGCUCGAAUUAUCCACAGCGCAGAUCAAGCAGCAGCAAGUCGACCACAGUAAGAUUACCAAGCAACCCCCCUUCCUGCCGAGGGACCCACUGCUCCUGCAGCUUAUGAACAUGCAGAAGAACGGCGGCUUCGUAACCAACAUCUUUAGCGACGGUCGCAGCAUGGGCUGGGCUCCUGAGCUGCGAGGUGUGCUCUCCGUGGACCUCAUUCGCAGUACGGGAGACCUCAAGCGCAAGCGAGACAGCGGUGUUGCGGAUCUGUUCUCAGACGAGGACGAGGACAAGGAUCAGCGGCACGAUGAUGAGCAAGCCCCCAUGGCCGGCGAGGAUCGCGGUUUGGAGCCCGAGCCUGUGCAGGGCCUAGAUGACUUGGAAGGCGAUAUAGGUCCUGGCUCGCCGCUACCAAAUUUCGAAGACACGACCAUGCCACUGCUGCACCCAGCCGACGACGGGCCCGUCAGCACUGGCACAAGAGCAGCCGUUCAUUUGCUUCGCGAGCGAUUCGGCCCACAGGGAGAGACCUCCGAGUCGCAUCGUCAGAAGAACGUCGUGUUACUGCAGGACCUAGUCCCCGAGAAGACUACGACGCGACACGACGCGACCAAGAUGUUCUUCGAGGUUCUUGUACUGGCCACCAAGGAUGCUAUCAAAGUGGAGCAGGGCAAGUCCAAGAUCGGCGAGAGCAUCAAGAUCAGAGCCAAGAGGGGUCUGUACGGUGCGUGGGCGGAAGCGGCCGAGCCACCAUCGCAGCACGUUCAACCCGAGCCAGUUUCGACGUAGGACCAGUGCCGGAAUUAACGACUCGCCUUCUUUUUGGAUUCUGUGUUGCGCUCUCUUUGGGUGAAUCGGUUCCUUUUGGGUCACAGGGUGUUCAGUCACUCGUCAGGCGUUGGCGUGGAUCAGCUAUGACAAAAGAGGGCCGCGUACAUCCUUGUUUAUGUGUAUGUGCGCGCGCGUGUGUGUGUGUGUGGGUGCGUCACAAACCGCGGGGGUGUCUCGCACAGGGGGGACGAUCAAAAACGAAUUUGGCUGGAGUUGAGGCAAGGAGGCCUCCCGGCGCAGGAUACCCCUUUUUCUCCUAUUCCCUAUUCUUCUUCUUCUCCUUUUCCCCCCUCCGACAUUUUCUGCGAGGGAUAAGGUUCUCUUGGUCCGUAAGAGGCAUUCUCUCGCCGCCCCUGCUCU